AGCUUUCAAAAUUAAAAUUUAAAAUUAUGCCAACUGUUUAGCUACGAGCAAAUUAAUUCUUGUUAAUUGUUGUUAAUAUUACAACAUUUUAUAUGUAAAAUAAAAACGCGUUGCAAAUAUAAUGGAUGAAGAUAAAGUAACAGAUUUGCCAACAAUUUUUCGUGGAAUUUGCAGAGCUUGCAUGAAAAAAAAUAGAGAACUGUUUCCUCUUUUCGGAGGCGCGAAAAUAAAAUUUGGAGAAAAAUGUUUUACCAUUUCUGAAAUUUUAUUUCUAGGUGGCAGAGUUAAAACUAGCCCUGAAGAUAAAUUGCCAAAACACGUAUGCCGAAAGUGUCUUACUCGUUUGAUAGAAAUAUUUAGCUUUCAAUUGAAAUGUAUAGAAACAGAUAUAAAACUAAAAAAUACAUUGAAUAAGCAAAUAAUUACUCUAAAGACAGAACCAAAUAAUUUAAUUUCAAGUCCAUUAGAUAAAGAAACAGAGUUCGUGAAAGAACUUGCUUUAAAAACGGAGAAAUUGGAUUCUUCGCUAGUUGGUUUUUCUGAAAUCGAUUUAAAAAAAUCUUCAGAAAAUUAUGAGCUGGAAUUAAGUGAUUGUACAAAUAAUGGUGCUGGAAAUAAAAGUUCAAUCUCUGAUAUUGUAGUUUCUAUUUUGGAGGAUAAAGAAAAACAAGUAUCAGUUUCAAUGACUGUUACGUUAAAUGACAAAAACCAGUCCCAUCAACAACAAGAAAAUCGGUGCAGUCAGGAAAUAAGAUCAAUACAAGAGAAAGAGGACUAUAUAAAUCUGAAAGAUUCUUGUAACAAGAGUUCAAGUCAAUUAUCUAAUGAAAUAUUUGAAACCUUUCCUAGCAAGAACAAAGUACUGCAACAUAAUCAAGAUAAUGACAAGGGUCAAAGUAAAUUUAUUUGUACUUUUUGUAAGAACUGUUUUGAUACCUGGUCCGAUUUGGGGAAGCAUAUUGUUCAGCAUAAAAUUCAAAAUAAUUACGGACAUCUAAGGAGCGAAUCACCGAAGUUUGAUGUUUCGCUGGAGGAGAAUCUAAAGGAUAAAAAUGAAUAUUCAGAAGAACUUACAUCGCAGAGAGAUUUUGACAUUGAUUUACAAAAUCUUGAAAAAAAUACAUCUGAUAUAAAUGCAGAAUCCUCGCAGCUUAAUGAUAUAAAAUUAAAUGUAUUAUCUGAGCAAGAAAUGCCUAUUUUAACUCCGUACCCGCAAGUUAGCGUUGAACAGAGAUUUUAUUGUUCAUAUUGUCCUGCCCAUUAUAAAUAUAAACAAAAUGUGAAAAAACACACAAGAAAGAAGCAUAAGAGCGAAUUGUCUAAGGAAAGUUACUCGUGUUCAAUUUGUCACAAGAAAUUUAAACAAUAUUUGGAGGUUGCUAGACAUCGGCGUCGUUAUCAUACUAAAUCAGUAAAUGACGUAAUUCAACAAAACGUGGUAUCUCAUAAUGGGAAUCAAACAAUCAAUAUUACAAGAACUGAAAAAGAACCUGAAAAAAAUAUUACCAGGACAAACGCUGAAACUGAACCUGCUGAAAAAGAUGGAAAAAACGCAGAUUCACAUUUAAAAUCUAACUCUGACAACCUGAUGAUCAAUGGAAGAUUUUAUUGCAUAUAUUGUCCAUCGCAUUAUGCUCGCCGAGCUGAUUUUGGGACGCACUUAAAGAUGAAACAUAAUAAAAAAUUAAGCUAUGUCGAAAGCAAACAAAAAGCUGCUCAUAAUUCAGUAGAAAAACGUGCAAGUGUUUGGAAAUGCCGACAAUGUCCUGCUACUUUCUUUGAUCAGAAAUCCCUCAUUGUUCAUGAAGAGAAACAUGAUAAGUCACCUUCAAAGCCUGUUAGAAAGUUGGAUAAUAAAAUAGAUGAGCCGGCAUACAAUUGUAAAAUUUGUGGAGAUACAUUUUUAACACUAUUUAGUUGGAAUAGUCAUAAUUUUACAAAACAUAACUCUAACUUAAACAAUAUAUUUGAAUGUGAAAAUUGUGGUAAAACAUUUUUACGAUUAAGCAGUUUAAAGAAUCAUAUAAAAACACACAAAAAAAUAAUUAUUGUAAACACUGACACCAACGUAAAUCGGAAAUUAUCAACUUCAACAGAUGUGGAAAGUGAAUCAACUCAGAAUACGUCUUCCUCAAGCUCCAAUAAACCUUUAAAUUGUUCAGACAUUGAAAAUAUUGACCAAGCACAUAAGUGUCUCAUAUGUCCGAGCAUAUUUGAUAACAGAAACAGUUUGCGUAAACAUACAAGAACGCGUCAUCGUGAUAAAUUAAAAGAAUACGAACAACAAAGAACCAAUAACCAUUUGUUUCAAUGUUUAGGUUGUUAUAAAUGGUUUUUUGGGAAUUCUCAUUUGAAAGUUCACACCAAACGUCAUAUUGUUGCAAGGAAAGGUAUGAAAAUUAAUUGCGAUAUUUGUCAUAAGAAUUUUAAUAACAUAAAAGGAUAUGGUAAACAUUUAACAAGUCACAGAGCAGCAGCACAGAGGAAUAAUAGAUAUUGUAAAGAAUGUUUAAUAAUCUUCCCUAAUGAAAAGGGAUAUAAAGUUCAUAUGAUUAAUAAGCACAAAAAAGUUUAAAUUAAUUUUUAUAUUUUUCAUUUUUUUUUUAGUGUUUUCUUAAAGGUUGAUUGAUUUUAUAACAAAUUUAAAUAAAGUUUUGUUACUUAUCCAAUGUAGAUU